UCUCGAGAGGGCUCGGGUGGGACGGUCCUUCGUAAUAUCCGUGAGGAUUAAUAUUCUCGCUGGGAAAUGUAGCGUGAUAAUUUCGGACAAUGGCAGCCGGAGCGGUGUUGCGUCUUUUCCUGUCCGGCUGCUGCGCGCCGAAACUGUCGAAGGUUCCGCAGCUCAGCGCGCUCCCGGUCUGCGUCAGGACGAUGCACGUGAGUCCGGUUUUGCGCGCGGGCCACAACAAAUGGUCCAAAGUGAAAGACAUCAAGAUCCCGAAAGAUGCAGCUCGCGCGAGGAUGAUCGCCAAAUACGCGAUGUUGAUCAGGGUGGCAGUGAGAGAAGGAGGACCAAACCCGGAGUAUAAUGUCACUUUGGCUCAGCUUAUAGAGCAGUGCAGAAAUAAAAAUCUACCCAAAACCACCAUCGAGGCUGCUAUUAAAGGAGCGGAAAAGUCAAAAGCUGCAACUCAGUACCUGUACGAGGCGCGAGGGCCCGGAGGUUCCAUGCUGCUCAUCGAGGUUCUGACCGACAACAGCACACGCUCACACCAAGCCAUCAAACACCUCUUAAUGAAAAAUGGGGGGACGAUGUGUGAAGGAGCCCGGCAUUGUUUUGACAGAAAAGGUGUCAUCGUGGUGGCCCAAGACCAAGUUUCGACUGAAAAAGCUCUGGAGCUGGCAAUAGAGUCGGGGGCUGAAGAUGUGCACGAAGCCGAGGAUGAUGAGGAGAAGCCGAUUUUACAGUUCAUCUGUGACAUGAACUCGAUUAAAGCAGUGCGGACAGCGCUGGAAGCUCUCGGGGUUCACACUCUGUCAGCAGGGAUGGAGUACAUCUCCAACACUCCUGCUGCUCUACCACAGGACCAGCUGGACACCAGCGCCACCCUGCUCGAGGCUCUCAACGAUUACCCAGACGUGGUCAGAGUGUGGGACAACAUUCAAGCGCUGGAGUAAGACGGAAAGGACGAUGACGCUGAAUGUUUUAUGAGAUACAGUACAACAAAGGACUGAAGCUUCAUGAGCAAUCACAAGCUCUACAUCUCAGUAUCUUCUAUAAAAUGUGUGUAUUUGUGGAAAUUCACAAAUUAUGCUCAAUAAAGUUAUAUUUCUGUUUA